AUGGAACCAGAGCCGUCCCCUGCCGCUCUCCUCGAGGCUAUCACAGCCCUCACAGCCACAGUCGGGUCCCUGCAGGACCAAAUCCGUGCCCAAAGCCAGCAAAUCACCAAGCUUAGGGCCAUAUGCAAGGAAACAGCGGACCUCCUUGGGGAUAAAGAUCAAGGAGCCCCCCAAACCAAGCCUGGCCCAUCGACUGGGCCUAUCACCCCUCCUACACAUACAGGAGGGGAAGUCCACACUCCAGGCACGGUUAGGCCUGGACUCAAGGCCCCGUUCCGCCCCUCUAGAGGAACGGGUUAUGACUCUGAAGAAGAAGAAGAACCCAGGAGAGUCCCAAAGAAGGAGCCUCGCGGAACGCCAAGGAGCCUAAGCUCUCUUACUCCCUUUGAUUCAGGGUCCAGCAUCAAGCGGCCCAAGAUGGAUCUCCCUGACCCAUACAAGGGGGAUUCCAGGGGGAGAAAGGCAACCCAGUGGCUAGAUUGCAUGCUACUUUGGGUUGCGCUUCAUCAAGACCAAUUCAAUGAAGAAGAGCAGAUGGUCGUGUGGAUAUUAUACCACAUGACAGACAAGGCGGCCGACUGGGCACUCCCCCUCAUUGGGGCUAUUAUCAAGGAGGCCUUUGACAACCCCGAUGCCAAAAGAGCUGCUGCCAGAAAAAUUGCGGCUCUCUCCCAAACUACCACAACCUCCAAGUAUGUCACGGAGUUCUGCAACCUCAUGGCGGAAUUAGACUGGAACAAAGAGGCCUAUAUUGCACAGUUCACGCAAGGCCUCCACUGGAAAGUCAAGGAACUGCUAUCAACCAAGGAUAGUGUUCCCGAUGAACUUGAGGCAAUUUUUGCGGCCUCUAUUAAAAUUGACAACAUCCGCCGCAAAAAUGAGGAGAAUCGCCCAAAAAAGGCACCAGCCAAGUCCCCGGCCACCGUGGCCACCUCCACUACCACCACCAGGGUCCGCCUAUCCAAGGAUCCCAACUACGUCACCCCAGAGGAAAGGGACCGCCGCCGCGCGUCUGGCCUUUGCGUCAAGUGCGGCCAAAAAGGGCAUGGCAUCAAACAAUGCCCUAAUGGUUGGAAAGCCACAAUCAAGGAAGUGGCCAAGCCCCUGGCCCCUAAAUUAGAUGUGCAUGUAUUGGAUUGCAAAUUUGUAUCUUUGGCUCUAGACUCGAAUAAAAAGCCUCUCUUAUUUAUCAAUCUCAAACUGCACAACUUCCCAACGGAACCUCUUAAAACUCUCAUUGACUCAGGAGCCACAUUGAACUUCAUCUCCCCCUCGAUCGUGGAAAAAUAUAAAAUACCAAAAACCCAGCUUGAAAAUCCACGAGUUGUGAGAAUGUUAGAUGGUACCAUAUCCCAGACUGGUUGCAUUUGGCACCAGGUUCAACUUGCGGUCUCGGCCAAUGGCCACUCCCACACUAUUCCUUUCCUUGUUUGCCCCAUAGGCAACACACCGGCUAUUCUAGGCAUGACAUGGUUAACAGCAGAAGCUCCUUUGAUUGAUUGGCAACCGGGACUAGUCACCUUCCCUGAGCAAGUUCAAAUUGCCUCCGAAGAAGAAGCGGACUCAGACCCUUUAGCAGAUCUCCCCCCUCAAUACCAUGAGUUUGCUAAAGUCUUUGGCAAAGAAGAAUUUAAGGUCCUCCCUCCACAUAGGGAGUAUGACAUCUCUAUAGACCUUGUCCCGGACGCCAAACUGACCCCUGGCCCUAUAUACGGCAUGACGGAUGCAGAAUCUAAGGCGUUGAAACAACACAUUGACAAGGAAUUGGCCACAGGAAAGAUCCAACCCAGUACUUCCUCCGCAGGCGCCCCGGUUAUGUUCAUCAAAAAGGCAGAUGGCUCUCUCAGAUUGGUAGUCAACUAUAGGAAGUUGAAUGAUGUCACACAUAAAAACGUCUACCCGCUUCCCAGGCAAGAUGACCUCAUGGCCAAAUUAAGGCAUGCCAAGAUGUUCACCAAACUGGAUCUACGCUGGGGUUAUAACAAUGUCCGGAUCAAGGAAGGGGACAAAUGGAAGACAGCUUUCAGAACAAAGUACGGGUUGUUUGAAUACCUGGUGAUGCCCUUUGGCCUUACCAACGCCCCGGCCGCAUUUCAACACUUUAUGAACAACCUGUUCAGGGAUCUGAUUGACGUCACAGUGGUGAUUUACCUGGAUGAUAUUCUCAUUUUCUCAGAAAGCCCAGAAGACCAUCCAACCCAUCUCUUUUGCAAACUGUCAAAAUGUCACUUCCACGUCACUACAGUCGAUUAUCUUGGCAUUGUUAUAUCCCCAUCAGGCUUCUCCAUGGAUCAGAAGAAGGUAGAGGCAGUUACAUCCUGGCCUCAACCCAGAACGGUCAAACAGGUCCAGGCUUUCUUAGGCUUUGUUAACUACCUCCAACGGUUCAUCCCCAAUUUCAGUUCAGUAGCACGCCCUCUGCACAAUCUUACCAGAAAGGAAACCCCCUGGUCAUGGGGCGACCUAGAAGAAGCAGCAUUUCAGGAGUUGAAGGCUCUUGUUACCAAGUCGCUGGUUCUCAUCCAUUCCAACCCAGGACUCCCCUAUUACCUUGAAACCAACGCCUCAGGGGUUGCAAUGGGAGCCAUUCUUAGUCAGCGGGGCUCAGAUAACCGACUACAUCCAAUUGCCUACAUGUCAAAAUCGUUCUUGGGGGCAGAAGCCAACUAUGACACCCAUGAUAAAGAACUUCUGGCUAUCAUCAAGGCAUUGGAAGAAUGGAGGAUUUUCCUAGAAGCAACGGAUAAACCAAUCCAGGUGUUCACGGAUCAUAGAAACCUGGAAUACUGGAUGCAGGCACAAACCUUUAACCGCAGACACGCGCGAUGGCGUAUCUUCCUGAGCGACUUCAAUUUUGAGAUCCACUAUUGCCCAGGAAAGCAGUCAGGAAAACCAGAUGCCUUAUUUAGAUGGUCGGACUAUAUUGAUGCACCCCAGGAACCGGAAAUCAUGCUACCUGCCGAAGUCUUUGCCAACACUUCAGAAGAAGAACUGGAAAUAGUCACGGAAGUACGCUCCAAAUUAAGGGAAGACCCCUCCCUUGAGCUGAUCAUACAGUUCUUGACAGAAGACGCGGACAAUGCACCUCCCUCCAUCCGGAAAGCCUAUCGAGACUAUGACUGGGAAGAGGAGCUAUUAUGGUACCGCGGAAAAUUAGUUGUCCCAGACUCGGAACCCCUCAAGGAACGGAUAUUGAAGGAAUUCCAUGACUCCCCGCUGGCAGGACACCCAGGACAGCAAAGGACGCUUGAACUUAUCAGCAGAUCCUAUUGGUGGCCCGGAAUGAAAUCCUCAGCCAAAGAAUGGGUCGAGUGUUGUCCGACUUGCCAAGCAAACCGCCGCGCCUGCGUACCUACCAUUGCGCUAAAACCCUUGGAAGUUCCCCCCUUCCCUUUCCACACAAUAUCCUACAAUUUCAUCACGGGAUUCCCCAAAUCUAAUGGGCACAAUGCAAUUCUGGUGGUAAUCGAUUCCUUCUCCAAGUUUGGUCAUUUUAUCCCAACCACAAAGAAGGUCACGGCCAAGGGACUAGCGGACCUAUUCAUUACCCACGUUUGGAAGUCACAUGGACUGCCGGUCAAAACAGUCUCAGACCGCGGGACAACGUUCACGGGGAAAUUCCUAAGAGCUCUAUACCAACGCCUUGGGAUCAAGCCCUCAUUCUCAUCGGCCUACCAUCCGGAGUCAGACGGUCAAACAGAAAGGGUCAAUCAAUUCAUUGAGUUCUACCUGAGAUCAUACGUAGCAGCAGACCAUUUGGACUGGGCCUCCUGGUUGCCGUUAGCGGAAUACGCGUACAACAACGCUAAACACUCCGCCACCGGGAAAACCCCGUUUGAGUUGGUUUAUGGAAGAAACCCGGUCAUGAAUCCUUCCAACGUCCCAGCAAACGUACCAGAAGCUGACAACGUGGCUGAUACCCUGGCACAGGAAUGGAAGGAAGCAGAAUCCGCCCUGAGAAUGACAAAAGAAAGGAUGGCAGGAAUCAAGGGAGUGACCCCGGAAUAUUCCAUCGGAGAAAAAGUUUGGCUAGACGCUAAAAAUGUGGAGAUACGUUCUAACUCCAACAAACUGGACCCGAGACGCCUAGGUCCCUUCAAAAUCACCAAAAAAUCUCCAGCCAUGCGGUUACUAUCCAAAGUCCACAAGUCCCCUUCCCAACCACUUCCGGAAUGCCCUCCUCCUGAAACAAUAGAAGGAGAGGAAGAAUACGAAGUAGAGCAAAUUAUUGACUCUAAAAGACAACGUGGAAAGUGGUUCUACCUGAUCAAAUGGAAAGGAUAUGGCCCAGAAGACAACUUGUGGGAACCAGAAGAACUGUUGGAACACAGCCAAAAAGAGAUCAAGCGCUUCAACCAAGCUAGACUCAGAAAGGCUUGUGACGCCGCCAAGAGCCUUUAA